AUGACUGAACGGCUAAUGAUUUCGCCCCAAACCCAACACCGCGACAAGGCCAGAGCGGCUCAUCUCAGAGCACACCACGCGCUCCAUUCUCACUCCACUGCCGCUGCUGACGAGCACCGCGCACGCGCCGGCACCGCCCACCGCCCACUCCACAACCGCGCACGGCUACAAAUUCAGAAGAACCUGAAAACCUCCACGCCAACGACCCCACCAUUUCUGCAUACCAGCACACGCUACCACCUGCAGUGUAGAGUCGUAGAGAUGAGCGGCUACAGCAACCUCGUCUCGUCCCCUCCGGCGCCCAGCGUCGAGCUUCCGGUCCCGGCCCCGACCGGCACGGCGGCGGAGGAAGGCAAGUGGGAGGGGGUGGCGGUCGGGGCGGCGACCAUGGUCAGGAACCUCUCCUCCGCCUCCCAGAGGUUCGCGGCCGUGGAGCGGAGCAAGUCCACCAACGGCCACCGCGGCGGCGGCGGCUUCCAGGCCGCGGUAAGGCGGGCCUUCUCCAUGAGGCGGCAGCCGGCGUCCAGCCUCUCGGACGGGUACUGGAGGAUCCACGACGGCCUGGACGACUGCGACGACGACGAGGCCGAGGCGCUCGAGGAGGUGGUCGUCGUCGACGGGCAGAAGAAGGGGGCGGAGCCUGCACAAGAGCAGGGAGAACCGGCGAGCCACAAGGAGAUCGACGAGCGGACGGCGAAGAAGAAGAAGAGGGGCACUGGCAUCUUCAAGGCCUGCAAGAAGCUUCUUGGAUUCAAGCGUGUUUAGUUUACAGCUUUGUUACACCA